AUGAAUUAAACAAGAGUAGUGCUAUUAUUUAAACAUACUGCAAAUAAACAAGUUGCAUAAUUACCUGAUCAAACCAUACAAGUAUAUUGAUCAGUAUCUCAAAUAGAUCCAGAAAUAUAAUUUGAACAGAUGGAGUGAUAUGUUGAUUGCAUAGUGUAAGUAAUUUUAAUUAUAGCAGUCCCUAUCACCAGAUCGUGUUGGUCUACAUUUCAAACAGUUAAACUACUUUCACAAGUUGUAGACGAUAUCUAAUAAUAUAGUUAAAGGCUAAAACUAUUAGUGCAUUUUCUAGAAUCUCAAACUGAAUAAUAAUAAGCGGUAUAUGCUGAGAUAUCUAUUUGUGAAAUAAAAUUCACAUAAAGAAGUAUAUUAUUUGAUCCUCUCCCUUAUUGGCAAGUAGCCACUAGAAUUAAAAAUCUCCUAUUAAACAAGCCUUUGCUUAGGCAUGAUGCUCAAUUUUAAUAAGUAUUUCAAGACAUCAAAAGUUAAUUAUUAAUUUCAAGUUAUGGUUCAAGAUUUGUUGCAGAACGGAUAGCAAGUAGAUGA